AUGGCAACUACUCAAGAAAAGAAACCACAACUCCCACCAGUUGUUCUUUUGAAAACACCAGAGCUUGUUUCAGGUGAAAAUUUCAAAGUUAUGCCAAUGCAUCAAUCCCAACCAUGUUACAAAAAAGGAUUGAAAUAUACUGAAAUUGAAGAACUUGUUCCAGCCAUUGCAGAACAAACAGUUACUGUUAGAGCACGUGUUCAAGCUGUAAGAGGUAAAGGAAAUAUGGUAUUUUUAUUCCUUAGAAAAGGAAUUUAUACAUGCCAAGCUCUUGUUAUGAAGUCAGAAACUAUUUCUAAAGAAUUUGUUCAAUUUUGUCAAAAGAUUUCAGCUGAAUCAAUUUGUGACAUUACUGGUAUUGUCAAAGCUGUUGAAAAACCAAUAGAAAAAGCUACUCAACAAGAUGUAGAAAUCCAUGUUACUUCAAUUGAAGUUAUUUCUCUUGCAGAAUAUCCACUUCCAAUGCAAAUUGAAGAUUUAACAUUCCCAAGUUCUGUUUUUAAGAAACAAGAAGAAGAUAUUGCUAAAGUUGAUGAAAAAAUUGCUAAAUUUUUGAAGGAUAAUGAAGGAAAAGAUCUUACAAAGAGACCAUUAAAAGAUGAAUAUGCUAAGUUAUUAAAAGAAAAAGCUUCUGCACAAAAGUAUGUCAAAGUAUCACAAGAUACUAGAUUAGAUAAUAGAAUGUUAGAUUUAAGAACUGUUACAAAUAUUGCUAUUUUCAGAAUUCAAUCAGCUUGUUGUGGAUUAUUCAGAGAAUUUUUAACUUCACAAAAAUUUGUUGAAAUUCAUACACCAAAAUUGAUUGGAUGUUCAUCUGAAGGAGGAAGUAAUAUUUUUGAAGUGAAAUACUUUGAUAGAAAAGCAUACCUUGCACAAUCACCACAACUUUAUAAACAAAUGGCUAUUAUGGGUGAUUUCCGUAAAGUCUUUGAAGUUGGACCUGUUUUCAGAGCUGAAAAUUCUAAUACUAGAAGACAUUUAACAGAAUUUGAAGGACUUGAUAUUGAAAUGGAAAUUGUUGAAAAUUAUCAUGAAUGUAUUGAUGUCAUGGAAAAGUUGUUCACUUUUAUUUUUGAUGAAAUUCCAAAACGAUUCCCAGAUGAACUUAAAGUUAUUAGAAAACAAUAUCCAUUUGAAGAUUUAGUUUAUAGGCCUUUCUUAAGAUUGACUUAUAAAGAAGCUAUUGAAAUGUUAAGAGCUGCUGGAGAAACUAUUGGUGAUUAUGAUGAUUUCAGUACUCCACAAGAAGUUAAGCUUGGAGAAUUGAUUAAAGCUAAGUAUAAUACUGACUUCUAUAUUCUUGAUAAGUUCCCAGCUGCUAUUAGACCAUUCUACACUAUGCCAGAUAUUGAUGAUCCAAAUUAUUCCAAUUCUUAUGAUGUCUUUGUCAGAGGUCAAGAAAUCACUUCAGGUGCUCAACGUAUUCAUGACCCAGAAUUCUUAAUGAAAAGAUGUAUUGAAAAGGGUGUUGAUCCAGCAACUCUUAAAGAUUAUAUUGAAUCAUUCAGAUUUGGAUCAUGGCCACAUGCUGGUUGUGGUAUUGGUCUUGAACGUAUUACCAUGCUUUAUCUUGGUAUUCCUAAUAUUCGUAAAGUCACAUUAUUCCCUCGUGAUCCAAUCAGACUUAACCCAUAA